AUGGAAGAGCUCGCUGCUCCAGUCGAGGCGAGCGAACCGACUCCUGCCCCAUCAACCUCCGAAACGCCAGGUCCUAGGAAGACGUGGGCUGUCGGAAACCCGCCAGAGCCGGAGGAGCCGAUGGCCCCCGAGCCUGAGGCGCACGCGACACCUUUAUCACAGGGCGAUAGCCAGAUCGACGAAAUCAUGACCGAAGACUCACGCCAAGCCACGGUCGACUUCGAAGACGAAGACGAGCCUCUUGUCGCUAUCGAGGAAAAGAAGCCGUACACGAGGAGCCGCGGCCCGCGUGUUGAUGUUUCGGUCUUCCGUCGCACCAACGAGAUCUUCCAGUGUCUGUCUGACAUGGGUGGCAUCUCGACCGACCAGCGUCUGCACCAUGAGAUUGGUCCCUGGGCGCAGAAGUGGGCCGGCACGGAUCACCCGAACGCGCCUGCUGUUGCCAGUGGCAUGGAUCGCAAGGUGUUCAAGCGCAUCCUGAAUCGCCUGAUUGAAGACGGACGCGCGAAGAUGCGCGUCGCGACGAUGCCUACUUCGACUGGACGUUGGGUGCGCCAGAGUGUCGUCUAUCUCGCCGACACGCCCGAGGAUACUGUGCAGGACUUUGUCCGUAAGCUCAUGGCCGCGCCACUCCCUGGUGUCACACAAGUUUCGGCUGGACGCAACAAGCCAGCGAUCGAGUACUCUGCGUUCAAGCGCCGUCCGCCUACGCAUGUCAAGAAAUCUGAGUCUGAGGACCCCGGUCGUCCUCUCAGCAUGCGUGAACGCCUGCUCACCGAUAGUACGGUGGUGGGAUCGAUGUACAACUACCAGUUCGGUCGUUGCGUGCGGACUAGGACCCUGCACCAGAGUCUUGUCGAGGCGUUCGCGGCGCACCCCGAGGCGGACUCAGUCGUAUCGACCUCGCCGCGCGUGUUCGCCCUCCCUUUCCUCUUCGAGUACAUCCGCAUCAAGGACUUCUUCCAUAUCGUCCAGCACCGCGAGUAUGACGAGGUGCUGUACGAGUGGCUGCAGGACCCAGCGAAUCUGGAGCUCCGCAUCAACGAGCUUCCCGAGGACAUUGCCGCCCGCUGCAAUGUAGGGAGCAAGACGAGCACGAGCUCGAAGCAGCUGAUCCGUACACUGCUCGGCACGCUCGACUUCCUCAACAUCGUCAUGCCGCUUCAGGUUACAGACAAGGCCUCGGCGACCCUCAAGCUGGAUGGUGCUUCGCGCGACCAUCCGCAGUAUUUCAAGCACCACGAUGACAUCAACGCAACGACAUAUUUCAUGCUCUAUGAUGUCGCCCCUGUCUGGCAUAUUGCGGAUCCGUCGCUGUCGCUCGUCGGCUUCAUGCCCGCCGCUACGACGGAAGACAUGAAGCCGCUCUGGGACGCCAUCCAGUCCGCCUCAGUUGAUUCCAUCCAGCCGCACGUCCAGCGUAUGCCGAAAAUGCCGUCGUUCCCCUUCGCGCCCCAGGUGCACGGUGUGCUGAUGGGAACGUACAAGGAGAUCGACAUGUGCAAGACGCUCCGCUCUAGAGUGCACUGGAAGGACGAUGUCCGUGUCAAUAUCGAGCAGGCAAGGGCUCUCCGCGCUGAGAGGGUGAAGGGCAAGACCCAUACCGACGAGGAGCUCAACCAGCUCGCAUACGACCUUUGUCUCCGGAAGAAUGACCUGGUCAACUUGCUGGUCCGCAAGGAGAGGGCACGCCUUCCUCCCCGUGGCGCGCCGCCCAGAGAACGCCGUGGCAAGGAGACGUACCGCAACGAGGAUGAGCGUGACGCCAUUCGCGAGGAACUCGCUCAGCGCAUUAAGGCUGCGCGUGAAGUGUUCGAGGAGCGUCUGGCAACCGCUGCUGAGCGUGCCAACGUUGAGCUCACGGACGAAGUCCGCAAGUACGUGGCGGCAAACCGCCCCAUGAGCCAUCUCGGUGCCAUGGUUUCGGAGGAAGACCUCAUGGCCGUCAUCUACUCGUAUCAGCGCCACAAGCAGGGUGUUCUUCCCUCGCGUCGCAACAAGCUCACUGCACGCAGUGCGCGGCCAUCUGUUCCUCGACCUGACCGGGCUCGCAAGUCCAGCAGUCUUCGUGACUCAUCGUCCAGCAAGAUCCGCCGUCACCGCCACAACUGGUCGCGUGACGAGGAAGAGCUCUUCUUCGAUGCCGAGGCGGUCAUUCGUGCGCGCUGCAAGGGCACGACAAACCGCGGCCGCUUAGCGAUGAAUCAGCUCUUCCCCGACCUUGGAGACCAAGUUAUGCGCAACAAGCUGAAGAAGCUGCUCGACAUUCCUGGUCGCUCGGCGUACUUUGACCGCCUUGUCGAUGCGUUCCACGACCUCUGGGUCGAGCACCGCGGCACGGCAGCCCUGCCCGACCCGAACCCGACGAGCCACAUCGAGUUUGAUCUGAAAAGGCAUGUUACUUUCAUGCGCCAGCACGUCAACAAGCACUUACUCCGUCUCCCGACUUCGGCGCAGACGGCUGUUAAGGAGCAGCCGAUCCAGGACCUGCCCAAGAACGUAUCCGAGAUCACGGAGAAGUACUCAUGGGAGUACCUGAAGCACACGAACACGAGCUUUGAUCUUGUGCUCGACACAGCUGCGCUCGCCGAGGAAACUCGCCUCCACAAUAUCGCCCUUGGCUCCAUUGUUGAGGGUGCUCAGGAAGACGUCAAGCCUGAUCUCACCAUCUCAUCUGGCCGCCGCUCUGGCGUAAUCCGCUCAAUGAUCGUCGGGUCGCCUUCUGAAACCUACGACAUGAGCCACGCUUCUAGAAUUCUGUCCUGGCCUCGCGAGGAGUACGAGCUGAUCAUGUCGUCCAUGGUCAACGACGGCAUCCUUUUGAAGUCGAGCGUCGGCCAGCGCACUCCCGGUCGCAUGUACGGCUUCCACGCCAGCUGGCUUGCCGCAUCAGAAGGCUCACUCCCGUCCGAUAUCGACGCCGAGGUCACGAAGGCGAUCAAGCGUUUCGACGAGGCCGAAGAUCGCACGAUUACUUGGCCGCUGCUCGGCAACAGUGGCGACCUUGCCGCUGUCAUGUCGCUUGUCUCUAAUCACGAGCUUGACUUUGACCUCGACGACUGCGACUUCCCUACGCUGAAGCAGAGCAGGCUCAUGUACAACACCAGGGCAUUGAACGACGACGCGUUCGAGUUCGACUUUACCGCGACGCGCCUUGAGGAGACACCUCGCAAGUGGUCGCCCCCUCCUGCCAUGGCGCCACGCGAGGCCCCUAAGCCGCGGCCUUGGGGCGGUGACCUGUCCGCCAAGCCGUGGGUCGUUGAGCGCAUCGUCAAGGCUACCGAGGUCGCUGGCGCCAACGGCAUCCAGCGCGGUGAUCUGCAGGCGCAGACAGAGCUCUCCCUGGAAGACGUGGACGCUUCUUUGGCCGCUCUUGCGCUCGAAGACACGCCCCGCAUCUUCUGGGCAGGAUACGACAACGCGCGCCUCGUCUCUUCCCAGCACUGGGACCAGUGGAGUGUCGACCUUGCGGACCGCUCUCACGACGACAAGGAGUCGCAGGCGGACGCUGUGCGCGUCGCGCCCCGCCGCUGGGUGGACAUUUGGGGGAAUAACAUUCCCUCGGAGUGGGAGCGUGCCGUCAAGCUUGUUGUCGCGCAUCUCAUCACUCGUCCGGGCAUCACAGAGCACAGCCUCAUGGCACGCGUGUCUAGCGCGCUCGACCGUCUCGAGACGUGCGACGUGCUCCAGUUCCUCAUCGACAGUCAGCUCGCCACUCGCGCCUAUAGCACGGACGUGGACCGUCCUUUGCCGCCCGUGCACGCGACGGAUGUCAAUGAGACCAAGGGCGUUGUUUGGCAGGCCACGGACGAUCUCUGGUCGCGCUGA